AUGAAGGCCUGGUUCGAGGUUAUCACGACGCCGACGGCCGACACCCCCGGGACGGUUGUCGGCCUCCAUUUCCCCGACAAGCGUUACUUGUUCGGUCAACUUGCAGAGGGCACACAACGCGCGUGUACGGAAAGAUCUCACAAGUUGGCUUCGAUUGGCGACAUCUUCAUAACAGGUCGGACAGAAUGGGCUAAUAUGGGAGGCAUGAUUGGUGUCAUUUUGACCCAGGCGGAUGCGCUGAAGUCCUCGAAUGAUGCAUUGGAGGAAGGGAACAAGAAAAAGGCGGAGCGCAAGGCUGCUGGUACGCAGGCUAAAAACAAGGCCAAGCAGUCCUCUAGCGCGGAAGAGCCGAGGAAAAUUAACGUGACUGUCCAUGGAGCUACGAAUCUGAUGCACACAAUGGCUACGGCGAGGCGUUUUGUUUUCCGCACGGGUAUGCCCAUAUACAUGAAGGAGUAUGACUCGGCAAGCAUUUCAAAGCAGAUUCGUACGGACAAGGAGGAUCCCUUUGAGGUACCCACUUUCAUUGAUACGAACAUCAAGGUCUGGGCUCUGCCUCUUAAGCCGACUGGUGCUUCGCAAGUGGUGCGCUCGCACAGCCCGCGGAAGCGCAGCCUGGAUGAGUUCCAGGAGACCGACGAACAGUUGGACCAGAAUGCGCAGAAUCAGAUGCUGAGACAGUCUAUUGUCUCGGACAUGUUCGAUUCAGACUGGAAGAUGGAUGCGCUCAUUGAGACCCCCUUGGCGGAGGUGAAAAUGCCGGCGGCUCUCUUUGUGCGCAAUGUGGAUACUAAGGACAUUGAGCCGUAUAAGGGUCCUAUCCCUGGUGACGAGAAGGAGUUGCCUGACAUCAAGGUCCUUGUUCGAAAGCCUUGGCCUGGCGCCACAAUUACUUCUCUGCCACCAACCACUCCCUCGAAAGAGGCGGUCUCUUACGUGAUUCGGAGUCACGAUAUUAGAGGAAAGUUUGAUGCCAAAAAGGCCAAGGACCUGGGUGUCAGCGAAGGUCCGGACUUUGCUCGACUGGCGCGGGGAGAGGCCGUCCAGGCGUCAGACGGCAGCACGGUUACCCCGAAUAUGGUUCUGGGUGCAGUUCGACGUGGCAAAGGCCUUGCGGUCAUUGACUUGCCAUCACCAGAGUAUGUCGAGGAUCUGGUCAACCGCCCCGAGUGGAAUUCGCCUUCUGUAACAACCGAGCUCAAAGUCUUCAUCUGGAUUCUGGGACCGGGAGUGGGUGACCACCCCAAGCUUCGGGAAUUCGUUGCACGAUUCCCCGAUGCUAAGCACACCGUUUCUGGUGUGGAUUAUUGCCCCAACUACCUGGCAUUCAACAGUGCUGCUGGGGCUGCUGUCCGACUUGCUCGUCUGAGGGGAGAUAACUACCCAAUUCCUGUCCAUGACAAUGUGACAGUCCCACAAGCCCAGACUGGCUCCCAACCAGGGAGCAUUUCGCUGGAGGAGUCUCCAUUCGAAGCUCUCCAGCCUGGGCUUGUUAUCGACAUGGAGCCGCAAUUUGGCUUCAACAAGAGCGAUGCCAUAACUCCUUUGAAUACUGCCAAGACUCUUUUCCAGAUUCCACGGUCUGUUGAAAAGCGAAUGGAAGUCAUUCGCACCCGGGUCAAGAAGCCAUAUUUCCAACACCAACUAGCUGAGAUGCGCAAGGGCCUUCCUGGCGCUGAUGUUGAGAUUACUGCCCUGGGAACAGGAUCAUCUUCCCCUUCCAAGUACCGCAACGUGUCUGCGACACUACUCCACGUUCCUGGAUAUGGUUAUUAUCUUUUGGACUGCGGUGAGAACACACUUGGACAGAUCAACCGUGUUUUCGGUUAUGAAAAGACCCGCGAGAUUUUGCAGAACCUGCGCAUGAUCUGGAUUAGCCACCUUCACGCCGACCAUCAUCUCGGCACAGCAUCCUUGAUUAGGGCCUGGUACCAGGAGAAUUAUGGGUCAGAUUCUAAGCCGAUCGAGCCAGAGAGUGACAUUACGAAAAUCCUCCAGGAAAAGCGCCUGGCUGUGGUGUCCGAUGAGAUGAUGAUUGCCUGGCUGGAAGAGUAUGCCGCAGUGGAGGAUUUCGGCUUUGACAAGUUGAUCCCCCUGUGUGCGCACCCCGACCCCGCAGGACCUUCCAUCAUUACCCGGUUCAGCCUCCGCCAAAGUCGCAACGGCAACUCUCCUUAUGGGAUGGCAUCUGGUGGAAGAACCGUACUCAACUUCAAGGAUGAUUCCUCGCCUCUGACUCCGCUGCUGAAGUCUGCUCUCGGUGUGGAUGAUAUCCUUACCACUCGUGUGAAGCACUGCAAGGGCGCCCUCGCCGUCUCUAUCGUCUUCCCCGAUGGAUUCAAGGUCUCCUAUUCUGGUGACUGCCGACCUUCGGACAAGUUUGCCUCCAUUGGCCAGGGAUCAACCCUUCUCAUCCACGAAGCCACCUUCCAGAAUGACAUGAUCGGCUCAGCACUUGCAAAGCGUCACUCCACCGCAGCCGAGGCCCUUGAAGUCGCCCGCCGCAUGGGUGCUCGCUCAAUCUUCCUCACGCAUUUCAGUCAGCGGUAUCAGAAGAUCGCCGCCAUUGACCAGAAUGCCGGAACAAACAGGCACAAUGACGUUGAUAUGUGCGAUAUUGCCGCCAAGGAAACCACCGACCCUGACAUCCCCCUUGACGAGCCCGAAGAGCAGCCGUCAACCCUUAAAUCCGCCGCACACCUACUCGAUGACAUCCACUUCCCAUUGCCAGAUCGCCCAGGCCUGCCGCGCAGCGACUAUAUCCCAGGCAUAAACGCCCCUUUUUCCGCGGCCAUGGACUACAUGCGCGUCAAGGUUGGCGACCUCGCUCUGGCACAGGCUUACGCUCCCGCAGUUGAGAAGCUGGUCGAACUUCUGGAGAGAGACGCCUACGUGCAAUCGGAGAUUACCAAGAAGGCUAUCCGUGAAGCGGAGGAAGUGCGCAAAGCGAAGAAGAAUAAGAAGUUCGCGGGUAAGAAGGGGGUUGCUGCUGUUGGCGCUGCCGCUGCGGCUGCAGUCGCUGCAGAGGUUGAGGAAGUGGAGGAGAAGAAGAAAAAGCCUGAGUUUGAACUACCGGAGCACUCGGUGUGGAGUGCUAGUGAGAGUGAGGCUGGGUGGGAGACGAGUGACUUUGAGGAGUAA